GUGGGUGGGUACAGUAGAUCCUCCGACUCCUGAGAGCCCCACGUAAGGGAGAACCGUGGAGGCAGCCGGCGGGACGCUCCGGAAGUGGCGCCUGGGGAACGCAGCGGGGGCCACGCCGGGCGGCGCGCGGCCAGGCAGCGUGUGCGAUGGGGCCUUGGAGACGUGCGUGGUUCUUGGUGCUGAAGGUGCCGUGCCGCGUCUCUUGAGCUUUGCAGAUGGAGGGGGCGGCAGAGCGCCGUCCCCUGGGUGUGUUUACGUGCCAGCUCUGUGCCCUGACAGCGCCAUACAGCUAUGUGGGACAGAAGCCCCCUGACACCCACGCUGUCAUCCUCCUGGAGGAGAGUUACGUCAUGAAGGAUCCGUUCACCUCACACAAGGACAGAUUCCUGGUCCUCGGCUCAAAGUGCAGUUUAUGCAGCCGGCUGGUGUGCGUGGGCCCGGAAUGCAGUUUAUUCUACUCCAAGAGGUUUUGCCUCCCCUGUGUCCAGGAAAACAUGGAUGCCUUCCCUCAGGAAAUCCGGCAAGACUUGGAGAAAAGGAAAGCUCCAUCAAAGAGGCCAGCCAGCCAGCCUGGCUCUCGGACAUGAGUGCGGCCAGGCGCCAGGUUGGCAUCAGCACCUAGCACAGAGCUUCUGGGCUGGCAGAGCGCCUGCAGCCUGGGUCAGGGAUGGGGCUGAGCUGGGACCUGUCGUGCCCUGCCUUGUUCCGGGGCAGGUGGGAGCCGCGUGUGCAGCUGGAACGGGCUGGGGCCCAGCCUGCAGCAGGAAGGUGAUCGGGAGUCAGGCAGAGAAAGCACUCAAAAGGCAGACCUCGGACCAGAUAUCCUGCAGACGUAACCCUGUCCAGAGCCUCCUUGAUGCUGAGACUGCAGGGCAGGAACUGAGAAAUGGCUCAGAACUGGCACAAAGGGAAGCUGAGGCUGGGCCUGCGGGCCCUUUUGCUCUACUCCUGGACCUGGGGCUGUAGGCCUUCCUGCAGGGUCAUCCCCUGGCUCCUGCUUACACACGGCCAGACGUGGAAGGCUCUUUGUGCCCUUUGCACGAUUCAUCGGGUCCAGGAAUUGCCUCCAGGUGACAUGCUACUCUGCCUGGCCCUGAGGACACAGGAGUGAAGGGACAAAGCCCACUGUCCUGGUCUAGUGUGAGGAGGCCCUCUGGUCACGCUGGGGGGUCAUGCUGUCCGUGCUUAUGCGGAGGCAGGACGGACGGCUGGGGUGGGGACUCCUGUCUUCCCCGUCCUAGGGAGUGAGUGCUCAUGUGGUGAAGAUGUCACCUGUUGGGACGGUUCACAGGGAGGUGACCUGUGGGAAGGUGCCUGAGGUGUGUGGGGAGCUGCAGGCGUGAUUGGGGGGCCUGGGGGCAGUGGAAUUUUACUUCACAUCCUUGUGCUUGGAAAAUGUUUUAAAUCUUGACCAUGUGUUAGAUCCAUAAUUAAAUACCCAAAGAACCAGUUAA